CCUUCAGCUCUUUGUAUUCUAGAGAGUUGUUGGUACGUUUAGUUGGAAGCUGUGUUGCUAGUUAGGGAGCCCAAGUUUUGCUCUCUGGGUUUUGGUAUAGAAGCAGAAAGGAAGCCAUUGUUAAAUUCAGCGGUCUUUGUUGGAGAGCCUUCACCCCCUCCCGAUCUAACUUUCUUGAGCAGCGAGGCGAGGUAGACAGCGUGUGUCACUGUACGGUUCAGACGAGAGGAUCUAAAGGGGACGGAACAAGAAGACAAUAACUAGUGAGCGGCAGAUGAGAGACUUUAAAUUGUUUUAAGCGGAAAGUCAACUGUGUUUCCAGAAUACUAUAACCGAGCCACGUGGGACUCUGGCGUAGCCUCCAUGAUGCAGAACAGUCACAGUGGUGUGAAUCAGCUUGGUGGUGUGUUUGUCAACGGCAGACCGCUGCCGGACUCAACGAGACAGAAAAUAGUCGAGCUUGCUCACAGCGGCGCGCGCCCGUGCGAUAUCUCCAGGAUUCUCCAGACCCAUGCUGAUGCAAAAGUCCAAGUGCUGGACAAUGAAAACGUGUCAAAUGGGUGCGUGAGUAAAAUCUUGGGCAGAUACUAUGAAACCGGCUCCAUUAGACCCAGGGCGAUCGGAGGCAGCAAACCAAGAGUAGCGACUCCUGAAGUGGUCGGGAAAAUCGCUCAGUACAAGAGGGAGUGCCCUUCUAUCUUCGCCUGGGAAAUCCGAGACAGACUGCUGUCAGAGGGGGUCUGUACCAACGACAACAUACCAAGUGUGUCAUCGAUAAACAGAGUCCUCCGCAACCUGGCUAGCGAAAAGCAACAGAUGGGUGCAGAUGGCAUGUAUGACAAGCUGAGAAUGCUGAACGGUCAAACAGGGACAUGGGGGACCCGGCCGGGCUGGUACCCCGGAACUUCGGUGCCAGGGCAGCCAAACCAAGAUGGCUGCCAGCAGCAGGAUGGGGGAGGUGAAAACACCAACUCAAUUAGCUCCAAUGGCGAGGAUUCGGACGAGACCCAAAUGAGGCUACAACUGAAAAGAAAGUUGCAAAGGAAUCGCACGUCAUUCACGCAAGAGCAGAUAGAAGCUCUGGAAAAGGAAUUUGAAAGAACUCACUAUCCAGACGUUUUUGCAAGAGAAAGACUCGCUGCCAAAAUUGACCUCCCAGAGGCUAGAAUACAGGUGUGGUUUUCAAAUAGAAGAGCGAAGUGGAGGAGAGAGGAAAAGCUCCGAAAUCAACGACGACAAGCCAGCAACUCCUCCAGUCACAUUCCCAUCAGCAGCAGUUUCAGUACGAGCGUCUACCAGCCCAUCCCACAGCCAACCACGCCGGUGUCUUUCACAUCAGGGUCCAUGCUGGGAAGAUCAGACACUGCCCUCACUAAUACGUACAGUGCCCUGCCACCUAUGCCAAGCUUUACCAUGGCAAACAACUUACCCAUGCAGCCCCCAGUGCCUAGCCAGACAUCCUCCUACUCUUGCAUGUUGCCCACGAGUCCAUCAGUGAAUGGGCGGAGCUACGACACAUACACCCCUCCUCAUAUGCAGGCGCAUAUGAACAGCCAAUCAAUGGCAACCUCUGGUACCACAUCAACAGGUCUCAUCUCCCCUGGAGUAUCUGUCCCUGUCCAAGUUCCAGGCAGCGAGCCUGACAUGUCUCAGUACUGGCCAAGACUACAGUAAAAAAGAUGCUUCACUUUGUGACUUUCCACUGGAAGUUGUCUGUUCAGCAGUAUUGUAUAAAAAAAAAAAACAACAACAAAGAAAAAGGAAAGACAAACUCUGAAAGAGACGUAUUUUGUACUGGGAUUGUGCCCCAUCCUUAUCCUGGCACACGAAGACUUGAAAAAAAGGAAGGAACUGGACUCCUGUAAAGUGCCCGGUGUUAUAUCCUAAAUGGAACAAAAAAACAAAGUCAUUUUUGUUGUAUUUGUAUAUGGCCGUUUGUAUGUCAUGAUGAAACACAAGAACAACCAUGGAUUGACUAUCGAGCUGAAGUUGGGGAACGUAUGAGUCAGAGAUUCUGCGGUGCGUAGAUUUUAUCAGCUUAUAUCGAGUCCGUCUACCAGUCUUUGUACAGAUUGUGGACUCUGAUGAAGCAAAGCCUUGUAUCAUUCCAAUGCAGAGCUGGAAGAAAAGUGUAAGCCCCUUUGAUCUGUUGUUCCCCCUCAACAAAGUUGUCGGCAGAUACGGUGUAAGUAUGUGGAAAGCGAAAUACCUGCUGAAAAGGAAGUGGAAAAAAAACUUGGUAGCUAAAUGGUAGAUUGUGUCUUCGAUAUAAUCCAAUUUGUUUAUGUCAAAAUGUAAGUAUUUGUCUUCCCUAGAAAUCUCCCAGAAUGAUUUCUAUAAUAAAGUUAAUUUCAUUUA